UCUGGUGCAAUGGGCUUAAACAAUCGAUGCAUGUUAAAGAAAGCUUGUAAAUUAGCUGCAGUUUGGGAGAAUACAUUUUCGAGCAAAACCCGUACACAUGCAAGCUGGAAAGUGCAGCAACGGAAUGAAUCUUAUGCUUUUCUUGAAAGACUUCACCACUGCAGCAGUUACCCUAAAUUUGCUUUUCUCGAGUUUGCUUUUCCCAGUGCGCGAUUGAAAAUGGAAUAGAAAGAUGAAUCUUCUUGGGUAGCUUCAAUUUCCUCCGUCCCAACUGUCGAUCAGAAACCCUAAAUCGAAAUGGCCACCAGAUCGCCCCUGCUCUUCCUGAUCGUCCUCCUCAUCACCGCCACUCCGCCGCCGUCCGAAUCCCUCUCCUACACGACGUUCCAGAGCCUCUUCUCCAUGGCGCAAUCCCUCAUGGCCCGCGUGGCCAACCUCCGCGCCGCCCGCGGCGACUUCGCCGGAGCCGAGAGGGCCAGCCUCAUCGCGCGCAAGCUCGAGCUCGGCACCGGCCUGGGGUUCUGGCGGUCCAUUUGGUCACUCGGCUGGGACUAUCUGAGAAACUACGCCUGGAGGGAGGCGGCGUCGUUCGAGCUGCUUGGAGCCGUGCCGGACAUCAACGAGUUGCUUGGUUUUCUGAACGAGUUGACUCGCAUCGAAUCGGAGUCCGGGAGGGUAGAGUGGGUUAGGCGAAAUUACAGGAGUGCCCUCAGGGCCUCUAGGUCGCUCUCCCAAAAACUGCUCAAGGUGUUUCGCCAAUCGGGGCCAUUGAGGGAAGUGAUGCAGACGGUGGAAAAGGAGGUGCUGGAGGGAGAGUUGGUGAGGGACUGCCUUGAAUUGGGGGGCAAUGACCUCAAGGGAUUGCUUCAAAUCUUGAAAGAUGUUGCCUUGCACUUCUCCCCCAGCUCUAAUAGGGCCGAGCUAUGACCACAUAUUGCUUCUCUCACUUGAGUAUCUCAACAUCAUUUCUUUAUUUUAUUUUAUACGACCAUAUAUAAAAUGAGUUAAGAUUUAUGUAGUUGUCAUGGUAAUGGAACUAAAACUUUUUA